AUGAACCUGCGACUGCCGCAGCGGCAUUCGUGUCGGGAAGCGGGAAUCACGGCGACUGGAGCCAUUGGGACUUCAGGGGGCGGUCCGAGGAGCUGUGAGAGGCUUCGAAUUGUGAUUAUAGGCGACGUGCACGGCAUGUGGCAUCCGUGGAGGGACCUGGCUUCUUUGAAGCUCCUCAAGCCAGACAUCAUUCUCUUUGUCGGGGACUUUGGAGAGGAGCAGGUGCAGCUGGUGCGGCAGGUGGCAGCAGUGAAAGAGAGGAUGGCUGCUGUGGGAGCACAUGCGGAGGUGGCAGUCAUUCUCGGCAACCAUGACGCCUGGUUCCACAUGUUCAGGAAGGAGAGUGCGCAACUGGUAGACACAGUGGAUAAGCUCACUCAGCAGCUUGAAGCCCUAGGCAGGCUGCACGUGGGGUACGGGCGGGUGGACCUCCCCCAGUGGCGCCUGUCCAUCGUGGGAGCUCGCCCCUUCUCCUACGGCCCCUCCAGCUGGGCUAAGAGCUUCUACCGCGCCAGGUGUGGAGUGCGCACCAUAAAUGCCAGCACGUCAAAGAUCACAGAGAACAUCCUAGCAGCACCCGAGUCACACAGCAUUGUCGUCCUCGCACACAACGGGCCCGCAGGCCUGGGGUCGCACCCGUGGGACAUCUGUGGCAAGGACUUCCCCUCCAAGGGGCUGCCGCCAGGAGGAGACUUUGGGGAUGAAGAUCUAUCCAGGGCAAUCACAGCAUCGCUGGAGGGCGGGCGGCACAUCCCACUGGUGGUGUUUGGCCACAUGCACCGCGACCUCUUCCCAUUCAACUACCGCUCGCGCACCACACGGCAAGGGGAGGCUGUCUCCCAGCGUCGCAUGGCAGCAGUGCUGCUGCACCCCGCCUCGCAGCCUCUCCCCUCUUCUGCCUCCCUUCUAGCCGCUGCAACUCAGCCUGCUGCACGGCCUGCUGUCCCUGCACAAUCUGCGAUUUCUGUCUCUGCUGCGGGUAGCAUGCUUCUUGCUGCCCCCUCCACCACCCAUGCUAGCUCCAAUGCCGUCAGCCUUGCCACCACCUAUACCACCACCCACACCGUGUUUCUCAAUGCUGCAGUCGUGCCUCGGAUAGUCGCUCUUGACGAGGAGCAUUUCACCCGAACCUCUGGGCCAGGCUUGGCAGUCUACCCAGCUCUUGGUUCGGAACCGCUGGACGCAACCCCAGAGCUGUUGCUGCCGUACCUGAUAGGUUUGGAAGGGAGAGGAAGCAGUGGGCCAGGGGGUAUAAUUGGAGGUGUAUGCAGACGCAUGGAGGGGCUAGGAUUGGGUGAUGCUAGGGAUGAGAGGGGAGGGGGAGAGUCGCAGGUGGCAGCACAAGCAGGGUGUGUGGGAGAUGACACUUCAGCUGCUGAGAUGUCACAACGAGUGGUGGAUGCACUUGCAGUGGCUGGGAUGGGGGGUAGAGAUGGGGAGUUGUGUGGGGACGGAGAAGCGGAAGGAGUAGGAAAAGCAGGAGAAGCAGUGGUAUGGGAGGAUGAGGUGCGGUGGGAGGGGGAGGAUGGUGUUGCAGUGGAUGCGGGUGCAGCCCCGUCGCUACACCACUUUGUGCUGGCACACCUGGCGGUGCAGGGAGCUUCGGUGCAAGGGCAGGUGGGGGAGGGUCCAGUGGGGCAGGAAUUUGUGCCACCUGGAUUGGAUGGUUCGGUGGCGACAGCUGCUGGUGACGGUGAUGGGGAAGGGCAGUGUGUGGAUGGUGGGCCAGGCCGGUGGGUGUGUGUUGGGGCAGAGGACGUGUGGAUAAAGGUGGAUGAGCGGACAGAUGGUGGAGGGAGGAGGGGAGCGAUGGCAUGCUUGCACAGGAAAGACAAGAGGUGA